UUCAUUUCAUAGCCAUUCUGAGAAAGGUUUUGACUUUUGAGAGAUGAGUGAGAAUCCACGAACGCUCAAGUCUCUGGUGCUUCCAUGGAAGACGAAGCUCUACCUUCCUCUGAUUUCGGCUAUUACAAAUGUCGCUUGUCGUCCUGAAGGCACCGUCAACCGCCGUCUUCUCAACUUCCUUGAACCCAAGGUUCCUCCCAGUGCAAAACCAGUGAGAGGCGUUAAAACAGCCGAUAUAACCAUAGACCCUACCCGGAACCUCUGGGUUCGCGUCUUCAUCCCCACCGAACCAGCCGGUGACGCCAGCCUCCCGGUCAUCGUCUUCUUCCACGGCGGUGGGUUCGCCCUACAAAGCGCCGACUCCAAGGGCUACGACUUUGUUUGCCGCCGGAUAGCGCGUACCGUCUCCGCCGUCGUCGUCUCCGUCAACUACCGUCUCUCACCGGAACAUCGGUUCCCGGCGCAGUACGACGACGGAUUCGACACUUUGGUGUUCCUCGACGCAAGACAUUGCGAGGGGUUUCCGGUUAACGCCGAUAUCUCGCGGUGCUUCGUCGCCGGCGACAGCGCCGGAGCCAACUUAGCUCACCAAACGGUAUGCAUGGCGGGAAAGGCGGAGUUUCGGAAGUUGAGGGUGAUCGGACUGAUCUCGAUCCAGCCGUUCUUCGGUGGAGAAGAGCGGACCGAAUCGGAAAUUCGGCUGAAGGGAGCGCCUAUAGUGUCAAUGGAUGUCACGGACUGGAUGUGGAAGGCGUUCUUGCCACAUGGAUCGAACCGGGACCACGAGGUGGUGAACGUAUCGGGGCCGAAUGCGCCCGACAUAUCGGGUCUGAAAUAUCCCGCGACGUUGGUGUUUAUCGGGGGAUUCGAUCCGUUACAGGACUGGCAGAGAAGAUACUACGAGUGGUUAAAGAGGUCCGGCAAAGAAGUUCAGUUGGUCGAGUACCCGAACGCAAUCCAUGCGGUUUAUGUGUUCCCCGAAUUGCCCGAAUCUUCUCUCUUAAUUACGGAAAUCAAGAAUUUCGUUGCAAAUCAAUCUAGGAAAAUCUUAAAAUGAGAUGCAAAAUUCUUCUGGAUAUUACAUACGAGAGUGCAACUAGAAGAAAGGAAGAGUGCAAGUCCGGUUCAUUUUCGCUCGGGUUUUACUUUGUUUCAAGUUACAAUUUACUUUGUUCUCUGUUUGCUUAUAGUGCAAGCUAGUUUUAACUGGAUAGAAUUUUACACUCAGUUCACUUUUUUUUCUCUUUUUUCUGGUAAAAUUUGCACUCAGAUCAAUUUUAAUUAGAUAGAAAUGUUGCACUUAGUUCA